CAGAUUUUGUAUUUUUUUCACUACUUCUUAGUCUUUUUUUUUUUUUUCUUGUGUAAUAUUUUGGGAGAAAAUGACCCUUGCCCUCUUGACUUCCGUCAUGUGUUUCCGGUUGUUUUGAUUUUCCCGCCGUACGGGCUUUCUGUCAUCCGUUCCGGGCUGUUAUAUUUCUGUUCCUAAUGUGGUUUAAUUAAUACGUUUAAUCAAUAUGAGUUCUUCAAACAGCUACAUUAGCUCUUUGGAGCCUAAUGACCGAACCAGGUAUUUUGAGAAAUUAAUGGUAAGUGUCGAAGACGCCGGCGAUAGUUCAAACCCGGAAGUGACUGGUUCGGCGGUGACUGGUGACGGUGUACGCCUACCUGACCCAUACAGUCUGACAGGUUGGAAGGAUGAUUUGAGCCUCUGGCCAGAUACGGACUAUGGGUGCAUCUACACCUACCUAAUCGAGGCUCCAGGUCCGUUUAACGGAGAAGCCAUGAAAGCCUAUAAAUCCCUGGAGGCGUACAAUGUCUUUAUAAGUGGCCAUGUGAGGGAGUGCAGGUACCACCCUAUUGGAAAAAAUGUGAAGGUCUGCUUCCUUAAGGCCAAGGUUGUGCCAGGACAGAGAGUAACAGAGACUCCUCACAACCCAUGGGUGUGUUUGACCAAAAAAGAGGGUUAUGUCAUGGCAGCUCACUGCACUUGUAUGGCAGGAUUGGGAGAGGUCUGCAGCCAUGUGGCUGCACUGCUGUUCGCAGUGGAGGCCUCCAGGUCUCUUCAGGAAAAACGGACGUCAUGCACCAGCAGAAAGGCCGUGUGGAACAAAUAUUACAAAGAUAAGGUUGAUCCACAAAGGGCUGAGGACAUGGACUUUUCGCACCCUAAACAUGGAGUCCAGAUCAAGAAGGCGCGCCUGAAGCCGCAGUGUGAUGUGCCACCACUCAGUGAAGAAGAGGCCGCUUCUGCUUUCUCACAACUGAGGAAGCUGUGUCCCACUGCCAGUGCUGUCAUUAAAGAGGAGGAGGACACAGACACAGCAUCAGAAGAUGAGUCAGAUGUCAACACAGAGACGCUUCCCCCUGUGGUAUACAGGUCUUGUCAUCCAGCCAAAGUCCCUGUUACUAGUGUUAGUGUAGACAGCAUCCUUGAGGAUGUUCGGUGCAACCCCGAGCAAAUCACAAACCUCAACAAAGCUACAGUGGGGCAGUCCAAGUCUGCUUUAUGGCGUCAGCAACGCAAGGGUCGUGUGACUUCUACAUCCAUGCAUGAUGUCCUUCAUGCAUCAAACCCCACCACUGCAGUACGGAAGGUCAUGCAAUAUGACUGCAAGGAUUUGAGCCAAGUGAGUUAACUGAAAACUAGUACAGUGUACACUUGCAGGAAGCCAUUUUUCGUAGGUAAUUAAGGCACACAAAGAGACAACAUUACCCUGUAUAUUGGAACAUGUACCAUAAUAAUCCCAGAGCAAGUGUAGCUCUGAUCUUUAUUUGGAUUUAAACAAUACCAGGAGUCUAAAUAUUUCUGCAAAGUGUGACAGUCUAAAUGUUCAGUCAAUGCGAGAUAGUGUCAUAUUAGAGAUGUAAUUCAUUUGUGCUUUCUAUGUCAGAAA